UGAUCAUGGACUUGCCGUAUGUGAGAGAUACUGCCAGUCGUUUCCACCAUUGCUCUUGGCCAUGUCUUUUCAAAGGAAACGUUUAUGAUGUGACUGGAGGAAAUGAAGUCAGAACAAUUCAUAUGUGUGACGCAUGUAUAUAAAACUAUCAUUUGUCAUAGCUACAUUUCUGUUUUCAUUGCAGUAAAUUAUAAAUUAUUUUUUUUCUAUAGUAAACCAGCUUAUUUACAUUAUUCAAAGGAAUAGCAAUAUUGUGUCAGGUUGAGUUGCGGUCAUAUGAUGUGUUGUAGUAACAUAUUAGUUCCGUAUGAGGCGCUGUUACUUUCCCGGCUUCUCAUUUUCCGUUUUUCACCUCUGAUGCAUUGUUUACGUGGAAGUGAGUUUCGCUCCGUCUUCCGGGUUGUAAGAUCCUUCAGGUUGGCAUUUCGCUUACAGUGAAUCUCAGCUGCGAUGGCCGUGGUUCCUGCUCAAUCUCUCCGGGUUUCGGAUAUCCGAGACCCGACGGUUCUGUUCGAGCGGUACAACACCGAGGAGAUACGCGGCAUCGAGCGGAAAGUCCGCGCAGAGAUCGAGCACAAGAAGGAGGAACUUCGUCAGAUGGUGGGCGAGCGGUACCGCGAUUUGAUCGACGCCGCCGACACCAUCGGAGAGAUGCGUCAGUGUUCGGAGAGCGUAGUUACGUCCAUCCAGGACAUGCACCGCUAUUGCCACAAGCUGAAACAGGGGAAAAGCGUUCCCCAAAGCAACAGCAAAGAAGAGGUCCAGAGGCAGUCCCAGGAGAAGUUCUACACCAUGGCCUCUCAGAUCAAGCUGCUGCUGGAGAUCCCAGAGAGGAUUUGGAGUUCCAUGGAGGCCUCUCAGUACCUGCAGGCCACACGGCUCUACCUGCUCUGCUGCCACCUGCACAGACAGCUCCACCUGGAGGCUGGAGGACCACAGUACAGCCCCAUCCUCGCCCGCUUCCCCAUCCUGGUCAGGCAGGUGGCUGCUGCUGGACACUUCAGGUCCACCAUUUUGCUGGACAGUAAGUCGGUCCUGCGUGGUCGGGCGGUGUCUGACCAAGCCAUCGCUGAGGCCCUAGUGUCCACCAUGCUCCUCGAGGACAGCUCUCCACGUCAGGCUCUGGCUGACUUCCUCCUGGCUAGGAAGGCCUCUAUCCAACAGCUACUCAACCAGCCACAGCAUGGUGCUGGUAUUAAGGCCCAGGUGUGUAGCCUGGUAGAGCUGCUGGUGACCACUCUGUACCAGGCCUACGCUGUCUUCUACGUAGCCCCAGAAGGGAGUCCUCGGCUGGGGGACGGAUGGCUGAGCUCCGGCCUCCUCUUCACCACUCUGGAGAACGUCACCUCCACCACACCUACAGGUAAAGGGAGGCGUGUCCUUCAGGAGGAGGUGAGUACAGGAAGCUGGUUCAAGUACCUCCCCUCUUCCAUCGCUGAGUUCCAGCCCGCGCUCAGAACCCUGGCUCAGCCAAUCCAGAGAGAGCAGCUCAGAGACACCCUACAGCAGUGGAUCAACACCUGUAAGGAGGACAUCUGUAAUGGUGUCAGCAGUCUGCUGGUCUAUGUGAACAGUCUGAAGGGCCUAGCCUCCAUCAGAGAUGCUGUGUGGGACCUCCUCUCCACCGACUCCAUCAGUCAACACUGGAGCUUCAUCUGCCAGCGGCUGUUAGAGCGCCCCCUAGCGCUGUGGGAGGACUUCCUACAGCAGCUCUUCCUCCAACGCCUGCAGGCGAUCACCCAGGAGGGUACAGAGACUAUCUCCACCAGCUGCAGACAGCUCCUCUCCUCUGCCCUUCGAGAUCUAGAGGGCCAUCCCACCCCUCCAGGCCCCGGUCCACCGGGCUCCAGCCCUCCCCUCCCCAGCCGAGGUGCUCUCUACGAGGCAGACGUGGCCUCCUUCCUGUGGUCCGAGGCCCAGGGGGAUCUACUGAGCGACGCGGCCUGGGUCAGUGUAUCCCAACGGGGGCCACAGCACCGGAGCGGCCUGGCCAUGAAGACUCAGGCCCUGACACCCUGUGUCCAGAUCUUCUGUUCAUCACUGGAUGCUGCUCUCAGAGACAGACUGGAUGACCUGCAGCACUACCUGCCCUCUGAUAACACAGAUCCCCAGGUCCCCUCCGUCUCCUUCACUAUAGGCCUCGGUUCUGGGUCCAGUUCUGGUUCCGGUACCGUCUCAUCCUUCGACCGGUUCACAGACGCCGUGGCGGUAGAGGAGACCCUACGUGAACGCUGUCUGGCAUGCGUACGUGACAUCAUCACCUGCGUGCGCUCUAAACUGGAGGCGGCCUCACCUGUUGACUCCUCCCCCGGCCCAGCCCGUCUCAGCUCGGUGCUCUUCAUGGCCCGCCUCUGUCAGUCCCUCAGCAAGCUCUGCCCCAACCUCAGGCAGUGCAUCCUGGGUAAACAGGGCUGUGCUGCAGCUGACCCUGUUACCAAGGGAACACCCCGCCAAAGCAGGAAGUUGGGGAAGGCGGCUGCCAAGGCGACAGAGGUUAGCCCCGCCCAGGCCAAGUGGGCGUGUCUGAAAGAGGAGCUUCUGGUUGUCAGUAUGGAAGCAUAUCGGAUAUGGAGCUCCGCCCUCUCUAAGGCGCUGGUGGGUCGGUUUGCGACCUCGCUGCACGCAGAGUCUGCCGGGGCUAUCCUAGCAAACGCCACCAACUGGGAGGAGCUAGAGAUCCAGGAAGAGGCGGAGUCAGGGAGCAGCGUCACCUCCAGGAUCAGACUUCCCGUCCAGCCGUCGUGGUUUGUCCAGUCUCUGCUGUUCCACCUGUGUCUGGAGGUGAAUGGUGGGGGUCAUGCUGUGCCCCGCCCCACCCUACAGGAAUUACUACAAGGCUGUAUGGACCUGGUGCUGCACCAGUACCAGAACCUCAUACACACAGCGCAGGACAAGGACUGUCUGUUCCCUAUGACUCAGAACAGGUCUCUACAGCUGUUAUUUGACCUGAGAUAUCUCACUGCUACCCUGGGUACCAAACUAGAGGAUGGCAGGGGCUUCCGCUCUCAACAAGACCCCAGAUCACAGUUGCAGAUCACAGUGUUGCAGAUCACAGUGUUACAGAUCACAGUGUUACAGAUCACAGUGUUACAGAUCACAGUGUUACAGAUCACAGUGUUACAGAUCACAGUGUUACAGAUCACAGUGUUACAGAUCACAGUGUUACAGAUCACAGUGUUACAGAUCACAGUGUUACAGAUCACAGUGUUACAGAUCACAGUGUUACAGAUCACAGUGUUACAGAUCACAGUGUUACAGAUCACAGUGUUACAGAUCACAGUGUUACGGGUCACAGUGUUACGGGUCACAGUGUUACGGGUCACAGUGUUACGGAUCACAGUGUUACGGAUCACAGUGUUACGGAUCACAGUGUUACGGAUCACAGUGUUACGGAUCAGUGUUACGGAUCACAGUGUUACGGAUCACAGCCGCUACAGAUCACAGCCGCUACAGAUCACAGCCGCUACAGAUCACAGCCGCUACAGAUCACAGCCGUUACAGAUCACAGCCGCUACAGAUCACAGCCGCUACAGAUCACAGCCGUUACAGAUCACAGUGUUACAGAUCACAGUGUUACAGAUCACAGCCGCUACAGAUCACAGUGUUACAGAUCACAGUGUUACAGAUCACAGUGUUACAGAUCACAGCCGCUACAGAUCACAGCCGUUACAGAUCACAGCCGUUACAGAUCACAGCCGUUACAGAUCACAGCCGUUACAGAUCACAGCUGUUACAGAUCAGUGUUACAGAUCACAGUGUUACAUCCUGUACAACCCUCCUCACAUCCUGUACAACCCUCCUCACAUCCUGUAA